AUGAGCAGUGCCGAGCAGUUGUACCUUUUGGCCGAUCACAUCAAGCUGUCCUUAUUGGAGCGACAAAGAGCCCAAAGCCUAGGCUUGGACAGUGAUAGCCAGGAUGGACACCUGUCACGGUCGCUUGAACAGUUCAAAACAGGCCUGGAGUCACUAGAGACGGAGAACCAGAAGCUGCAGAAUAGCGGGGAUAAUAGCAGCGCGGUAUCAACAUUAAGCGAAUCAAUCUCAUCUCUUCAGGAGCAAUUAGACAAUCUCACGUCGCAAUUCCACGGCUUUGUGUCUCCUGCAACCAUCGAGACCGUAACGCAUCCCAACUCCGAAGCGCUGGCCGACGACUUCCAACAUGCGACAUCCACACCAUCCGCCUACCGCAAAUCGAAAUCGGUACGAUUUAGCGAUACGCCUGCAUCACCGUCAGAGGAGCUAUUUGGACGCUAUCGAGAUGACCCAGCGAAUGAUUCCGCCGGUUAUCGCGACCAGGCCGGUGACAUGUCGAAUCAACAGAUUCACGAAUACCACUCCCAGAUCAUAGAAGAUCAAGACGAGCAACUCGAUCGCCUCGGAGAAUCUAUAAGUCGCCAAAGAGAGCUAAGUAUGCAAAUCGGGGAUGAACUCGACAGCCACGUUGCCAUACUGGAUGAGGUAGAUGGAGUUGUUGAUCGCCACCAGAGCCGUCUCGACAGAGGGCAGAGAAUGCUUGGAAAGAUUGCAAGAGGCGCGGGUGAGAACAAGCAAAUGACCGCCAUCAUUGCUCUGAUAAUUAUUCUCGUGCUUUUGAUUGCAAUUUUGAAAUAG